UUGGUGGAAAAUGACAGUAAUAAGUCUAUAAGCUUUUGGAAUGUAUUUGAUAGAACUUUAAACGGAAUACCAAGGACGACAAAUAGCAUAGAAGAAAUGCAUAGGCAUUUGAACAGUCUUGUAAAGGUAAAACAAGCAUCAUUUUUUUUAAUAUUAAAAGAAUUAAUAAUUGAACAGGAAAUAACAGAAAAUAAGCUAUUACAAUCUCUGUAUUGUGAUUCUACUAUUAAUGUUGAAGAUAAAAUGAAAGAAAUUCUUAAUAGAUAUUCUGAGUAUUACGGUGUAGAAUUUUUAAAGAAAAUUGCAUUUAGCUUUCAUUGGAAAUUAAACUAA